AUGCCUGUUCCAUUCUUCACUGAACCAGUUUGCAAAUUCUUUGACUUCACUGCUGAAUAUUUGCAUUAUACCGCUCAAGAUAUCAAGGUAACCAAUAACAUCAAAUAUUUUUCUACGAUUCAUUUUUAGAUGUCCAUUGCUUCAAGAAUUUAUCUUCCGGUAACUGGAUACGCUGAAUUUCAAUGCGUUAGUCAAGUCUUUCUCUGUGCCGACACAUUACGCACCAUCUUCAACAUGCCUGACUUAUCUGAUCGUCAACUCUACGAUUAUCUUGCUAGAGCAAUGCGUUCUGCGAAAGGACAAGAUUAUCCAGAACAAUCAAUCAAAACUUUUUUCGAUAUUAUUAUCGGAAAAUGCAUGGCGAAUCGCCUUGAAAACCCAACAAAACCGGUAUAAAAUUUUGAUAAAACUAUUUUAGCUGAAUGUGAAUAUUUUAUUUUUUUAGAAACAUGUUCGUAUGUUGGAGAAUCUUGAAAUCAUCGAAAAAAUUGAAUAUCUUCAAGAAGAUGAAAAAAUAUGGAUUUCACUAAUCGGCCAAGUCUUUGACUUCCCAGAGCAAAACAAUGAACCGGAAAGAAAUGAAGGUGCUGGAGAGACUAUUCCACCAGGAACUCCAGAAUGUUUGGAAGUACCACCAGCUACUCAAGCACCAGAGGACGUCAAGUUCUUGUCGAGCGCUCCAAGAGAGGCGAAAGCUGAAAGUAUGUUUCACUAAAUUUUUUUCUUGAGAAUGAAAAUUUCAUUUUCAGACUCUCAACAAAUCAAGCAAGAACAAUUGGCAAAAUAUCAACAAGCAGAAUGA